AUGUCUGGUCAUCCAGUAAAAUCUGACGAUCUUAAGGAUGCUCCUCCUCAACUUAUCAGUCCUGGGAUCCAAAGGCAGUUAGAAAAGGAAGUGGUAACGGGGUUUUUAACAAACAUAGCGAUAUACCCUCUGCUAGUUACAUACUUCCUUCUUACAUUUUAUUAUGUUUCAACAAAAGUAGUGCCCUAUGAGUUUAUCGAUGAAAGAUUUCAUAUUGGACAGACUCUCCAGUACAUAUCUGGAAAUUGGAACACAUGGGACCCUAAGAUUACGACGCCUCCAGGUCUAUAUAUUCUUGGAUGCUUAGAGUACAAAUUCUUCAGAAUAUUUACAUCAUGGAGUACUUUAACAAUAUUAAGGAUUGUGAACUUAUUUGGCGGUAUCUUCGUUCUGCCAGUGAUGGUAUUAAGACCGCUUUUCCUUUUCAAUGCAAUUGGAUUUUGGCCUAUCGCUUUGAUGAGCUUCCCAUUGAUGGCAACAUACUAUUAUUUAUAUUACACUGACAUAUGGUCAACAAUAUUUAUUUUGCAAGCACUGACAUUCGUACUGACCCUGCCCUAUGGGCCUACAGUGAGCAUUUGGCUAAGUGCACUUUGUGCUGGUAUAAGUUGCUUAUUCAGACAAACCAACAUCAUAUGGACGGCUUUCAUCAUGGUACUUGCUGUGGAACGGAGAGCAAUGAUACAGAAGCAAUUCAACACGCACACAUUAAACAACUAUUUGAAACUUUUCAUACACUCCAUCGAUGAUUUCACCUCUAUUGUCUUACCAUAUGCAGUGGACUUCGUUCUAUUUCUGGUAUACAUCAUAUGGAACAGGGGAAUCACACUGGGUGAUAAGUCCAAUCACAAUGCGGGUUUUCAAUUGGUUCAAAUCUUUUAUUGUUUCAUGUUCAUCUGUUUCUUCAGUUUGCCGCUUUGGUUUUCAGGUAGUUUUCUUCAGUUAUACAAAAGAAGAUGUCAAUUGAAACCAGUAAGAGUUUUUUUCGAGGUAUUGGGCAUAAUGAUUGUAAUCAGAUUUUUUACUAAAGUACAUCCUUUCUUGUUGGCGGAUAAUAGGCAUUACACUUUUUACCUUUUUAAGAGAUUCAUUGGCUCAAGAAGAAAGCUGAUAAAAUAUGUACUCAUGGCCCCAGUUUAUCACUUUUCCACUUUCGUUUAUAUGGAAGUUUUCAGACCUAGUCAGUUGGUAUUUGAGCCCAUUGUUCCGCUACCCCUGAAGGAUCCAGUUGAUUUGCCUAUUCAAUUGACCCACAUAUCUUGGACGGCUUUGAUAGCAUGUACGUUCGUUACGAUUGUACCAUCGCCCUUAUUUGAACCCCGUUAUUACAUUUUGCCAUUUUAUUUUUGGAGAAUAUUUGUUACAUGCAGCGCAGAGCCAAUACUUGGUGAACUCGUUCCUUCUGAAGAAGGUGAAAUCGCUGUAACGAUAGCAUCUACAAAACGUCUAUUCUUAGAGUUUGCAUGGUUCAUGCUGAUCAAUGCAAUUUCCUUAAUUAUAUUUAUGCGUCGUGCCUUCACUUGGGAAACUGAACUCUUUCCUCAAAGGAUUAUAUGGUGA